GUGAUGUACCCCGAAAGAUAACUUUACUGGAGAGAUUGGUGGAAGUGAAAUGCAAUCCGAGGACCCAGCAAAAGAAGUGAUUGAAGAAUUUGAAGAAAUGCACCCAGCGAAUAUCAGUUCAGACAACGACGAAACAGCAGAUGACCAAAGCAUUCAUCUUUUCCUGGACUCCAGUGAUUCAGAGUCAGGGCAAGAUGAUGAAGACAUCUCCUGUUGUGUGGAUGACUUUGUGGAUAAAGAAGGGGAAAUCCUUGCUGAGGAGCAGAGUGAAGCCUAUCCUCAUAUACAAGAUGGGGAGGGGCAUGGAAGAGAUCAGUCCAGAAGUGAAAAACCAGAACACUUGUUGAUGAAACUUUUGGCCAUGAUGAAAUUGACUGGUAUCCUCCGUGACGACUUCUUACAGUAUGUGGUUUGUCCAAAAUGUAUGACAGUGUACAUGCUUACUGAAACCUAUGAGCUCAGACGGGAUGGUACAAAGGUUUGCAGGACUUGUGGUCAUAUCCCAUUCUACAAUCACCCAAAGCAGAGGUCUGCAUUAAGGAAGAAAUGUGGCUCUGCCUUGUUAAGAAAGGCUACAUAUUCGAGCGGUGAAGAGUAUGUCCAUCCAAUACAUUCCUACUGUUACAAGAGUGUUGUGCAGUCUCUGGGAGGACUUGUUAAAAGACCUGGAUUUGAAGAGAAAUUGGAAGAAUGGCCAAAGCUGGAAAUGCCAAAGGGUGUGUUAGGAGAUGUAUAUGAUGGACAAGUAUGGCAGGAUACCAGUAUGUGA